CUUUGCCGGGCGUCACGGUUUGGUGACUACCUGCCCUGAGGCGAGGUGCAGCGGGUAACAAUGAGAGAAUUCCGGCGUCGAGGUGGGACCAGUUGUCCAUUUGUCACGGAGGGCACAACGUGCGAGGACAUCGCUGCUAUCUGUGGACCCCGCGGACCCCUAGGACUUAACCUUAAUAUAACAGGCGACGCCAACACCCUGUGAAAGAGACACUAUGAGACUUUUCCUGUGUACCCUGCUGGCAUUACUCGCUACCACGAGUGCAGCAUGGAGUUUCUGGAACCCGUUUGCCAGCGGCAGCAAAGAGCAACUUCUUCGCCAAGAAGAAGACGAACUUAUUCCUGACGAAGACUGCUACACAGGUAAAGGCGAGAAGUACAAGGGCCGUACUUUCUUCACGGAGAAAGACGAGAUGUGUUUGCGGUGGGACUCCAGCGAGGUGCUGUUCCGGUCGUACAACGUGCUGACGCACCCUGACGGCGAGUACGGGGUGGGGGAGCACAACUACUGCAGGAACCCGGCCCCCGGGACCGUGUCCCGACCCUGGUGCUACGUCGCGUCAGAAGAGGACUGGGACUACUGCAACGUUCUGAAAUGCUUAGGAUCUGACGGUGGUGAUGAAUGCGCAGAGCCUGUGUGUAACAACAUCUGUGAAUAUGGUUUCAAGAAAGACGACAAAGGGUGCGACACCUGCGACUGCAAGGAUCCUCCAAUUGGUAAGCGUACAACGGCGAAGCCCACCCAGAAACCAACACCUGAACCUACCAAAAAGCCUGAGGAGAAGACAACACCAAAAGCAAAAGAAGAAGAGACAACUAAGAAGGCCCCGAUGACCGCCCUGUGUCCGGCGAUCGAUAUGUCCGGAAUGGAUCCUCCGCCUGUGUCCAGUUGUGCAUCAGGGAUGAAGCACACCAUUGGUAAAGUGUGCUGGGUGAUGUGCACCAAUGGCUCCCCGAUAGAGAUCGCCGUGUGUCAGGAGGAUGGUACAUGGUCCAAGGACUUAUCCAACAUCAAAUGUAAAGAGUCAGCGCCCAAGGCGCCGACUGAGGCCCCCACAACACCGAAGAUGAAGGCCACCACCAAGAAACCUGCCGCCACCACCCCUGCACCGGUCAAGAAAACAACCGUGAAGCCCACGACGGUCAAACCAACAACGGUCAAACCGACAACGGCCAAACCGACAGUGGCCAAGACCACCGGAAAGAACGAAGCAGCCGAGAAGCCAGCUCCGGCCACCAUGGGUCCGAAGAAGACUGACCAACCGUCCCCUGCACCGCUGACCAAGACGUGUCCGAAGCUGAACAUCCCUGAGAACUCACUGACCAACUGCUAUGGAGCCGAGCAGAAGGUGCAGACGUCAUGUGGAGUUCUCUGUCUCAAGUCGGAUAAGGCUGGUCCCAUUACCAUGACUACCACUUGUUUAGAAGACGGCAAGUGGUCGAAACCAAAGGAAGGAAAGCUUGCUUGUGAAGUGGACCCCAUCAUCCCUCCAGAUGCCGUGAGUGACGGAAACCUGAAGAUGCCCACCGAGAAACCGACAUCAGCCAGCCCAGGCAGCGACAAAACCACCGCCAAAAGCGAUGGUAAUGCUGCAAAACCCACCAAAGCCGCUGCCACCAAAACCGACAAGCCAGACGCCAAACCAACAGACAAGCCAACAGUCAAACCAACAACCAAAGCUCCCGAAGGCACGGAUGUACUCUGCUACACUUCUCUCGGACAGAACUACCGCGGGAAAAAGGCCACCACUCGCGACGGACAACUCUGCAUGAAGUGGAGUGACCCACAGUUGAAGUACUACUACUACAACACCAACAAUUUCGGGAAGGAAGAGGGCCUGGGCGAUCAUCGGUACUGCAGGAACCCGGCACCCGAGUCGGAGCCCUGGUGCUACUACAGGGCUGUCAACGGGAAGGUCGAGUUCAAGGUCUGUGGCGUCCCGAAAUGUUAGACCAACUCACCCACAGCUUCGAGAUAGUAAUACGCGUUGUUGUUCAAAAUGGCGGACGUCAAAAUGGCGGACGAUUAUGAUUGAUGGAGAGGAUACAGAACUCGAAAAUUACAUACAUAAUAAAGUAUUACACAUUGUGUCGUCUUCCGCCGUGAAGGGUUCAGGAAGUUUCAAGAAAACAUCUGCUUGCUUGUACUCGGAAGAUAUAUAUGACAGUAAGUACUGUAAAAGUGUAUUAUUGUCAUUUGUAACCUCAUGUACCUCAUAUAUACACAUGUUCAUGAUACAAUCUUAUCAAUUUGUAAUAUUAAACGUAUGGUGACAUUUUUGGGUUGUGAAACUGCACAACUAGAAUUUGGCGAAAAAAGGGCAUUUGCCGAAAGAUAGAAUAGAUCGUCAAUGAAUAUUUUUCUACCAAAAAAAAUAGAAAUAAGGAAACAACAUCACGAAAUCUUUUCCACUUUGACAAAAAUAUCACGGUUCAUUCUUUUAUUGAAAAAAAUGCAUAUUUUCGAUGUCGCUUUUCUAGGUAAGCAUGUAUCAACACAAAUGCAAUUUAGCUGUUUGCAGUUUCUUUGACAUAUUUUCUGGAUAUCUAAUCUGCUUGUCUGUUUCUAAUGAUCAGUUUCUUAUCAUCAUUUAUGAUUAUUGUUUUGCAGUAUUAUUUUGUAAUCUGGUGCUUGGGUUUUUAAUUCCAUUGAUAGAGUAAAGUUUGUAGACAAAAUGAGGAUACUUUCAUUUGAUUACAUCUUCAGUAACCAAUUGUACACUGAUUCUUCCGCCACACCAUGUUGCAAACUCGUAACACACAAAAUUCAAUGGUACUUACUACCCGACAGUAAAUCAUUCUAGUUAUCAUAAAAUAAAACAAACGAACAAUGCCUCUUUAUUAUAGAGGACGAAAAAUUAAUAGGGCAUCAUACUACAUGUGUAAAAUCAUUUCAGGUCAUUACUCUAUUUAGAUGUUUAUCAAUAUUGUUUGAAAGCAAAUGUUAUAGGAUAGCCAUGUACAUGUAUUACUAGUAGGUAAUCGUUGUAUAUUGACUGUUACUAACCUACCUCAUUGUAAUGUUGAAAUGUUUAUAAUCAUGGGAAAGGCCUACGGGAAUGUAUUGUCAAAAUGUUUUCAUGAAAUGUGUUUUCUCUCGUGUUCAAAUAUGUAAGUCAAAACUUUUCUUUUCUUCUCUUCAUUGUCUCUGGCGGUUUGUUAUCAAUAAAAUACAACAAAUCUAA